AUGCAGUCUCUCCGCCUCACCACCAAGAGAAUCAGCUCCUCCGCCACCAAAGCCCUCUUCAAACACGUCGAAGUGAAGCCGACAGAAGAAAGCUGCCGGAAAUGUCUCAACCUCAUGGAAGAUCGAGAACUCAGUCGUCAAGUCACCAGCAUCGCCUUCCACACCUCUCUCAGCCCUGGCUCUUCGUACGGAGAUGAAGACGAAUACGCGGGUUUGAUUCGAGGCCAAAAGGGCGGCCGUCGCCACAUCGACGUCUUCUACGAAGCUCUUUCCAACCUCAGCAAGUUCGAGAAACUCAAGCACAUCUCAAUCAACUUCGCCGAGCGCUGUAUCGCGGGUGGCGAUUGGAUCAAUGAGGCCCCCGAGGAUAUCACGGUUCGAUCGAGGGUGCUGAGGGCUUUGACGGAGGACACGGAGUACCCAGAGAAGCUGCACAGUCUGUCGAUUCGGAACUUGCAGGAUCUCCUGCCGGAUGUGAUUGCGGAGUCUGGAGGGUGGAAGAAAUUGUUAGGCAAGCUCGAUUCUUUGGGUCUUUGGAUCACGAACGAGGGCGAUGAGGCGGCGCCGGAGAGUAAUAUGGAGUAUAAGGAGUUGCACGAAUUCUACCGUACGGAGCUGAAGAGAAAGAUCCUCGUGCCGGUGAGGGAGCAGUUGAAAGAGCUGAAGUUGUACUCGAACGAGGUCUACUGGGGCCAUUAUCCUCACUUCGACCUCCAAGAUCCCGACAUGCACUUCCCCAAACUGGAGACCCUCGCCAUAGGCAAGCUGGCCUUCGUGCACGACUGGCAAGUCGACUGGAUCCUCUCACACGGGGCCACGCUCAAAGGUCUCAUCAUAGACGACUGCCCCAUCCUGAUCGCCGGCCGGGAAUUCCAGAAAAUGGACAAUGCCUACUCCCGCCGCGCGAACAGCAUCUCCACCGACGACGACCAAGUCUGCUGGACCAACCCCGUCCGCUGGCACACCCUGUUCCGGCGGUUCAAAUACGGCCUACCUCACCUCCGCCACUUCGCCAUCCGCACGACGGCCUCCCACUGGGUCGAGCGACCCGACAGCCAAGACGUUGACUCCUUCCGCGAUACCUUCGCCCUCGAGAACAAUUUGCAAGUCAGCCGCUACUGCCUCUUCGACGCGGGCAUUGGGCCCAGUCAAGUCGUCGACAUUAGCUAUCCGCAGAAGUACGAGAAGGACUGGGAUACGUACCCGGGGGCGGAGAGAAUGGCGGCUUUCGAUCAUGGUUGGGAGGACGAGAUGGACGAAAUGGCGGAGGAGCAGAAGAAGGAGUUUGUCGACGGGGCAAAGUUUCCAGAUUGCUGGAGCGAGGACUGGGAGGCUUUGGGGGAGUUGAUGGCGGUUGUCGAGGGGAGGAAGUAG